AGAAAAGAAAAGAAAGAAUAUGAUUUGGAUUAGGCGCGGCGCGCGCUGGUUUCGCGGUGCUCCUGAAAGACGACUCUGCAAUUUGCGGCUGCUGUCGGUCUCGAUUGCGCGCAAGUGUGCGAGCGAGCAUUGUUGGUGGCGCACCGGGUGGGGGAAGCUGGCGCGCUCUUCUUCUUGCUGCUCGCUCACGCGCCACUCGCACACACGCGACGCGAGCAGCCCGCCGGACGAGCGCAAGGACUCUCACGGCUUGUUUUGCAACAUUUGGGGGGUUUUAAAUGCGCGGCGAUGGGAUUGCUUCCCGUGGAUUUAAAGUGAGCCCAACUUUGCGCAUUUUCACCCAGCGAGGCUGUUCGACGCGCGUCAGGAGAGGAUGAUGCUCGCUGGACUCUAUCUUCUUCUGCCUCUUUUAGAUGUGUUGCACGGGGCCGAGGAGGGUGGACGGGCGUCGCGCAUGGACUGCGUGCGGGCCAGCGAGCAGUGCCUGAAGGAGGCGGCGUGCAGCAGCAAGUACCGCACCAUGCGACAGUGCGGCGCGGGCGCGGGCAAGCAGGGCAACUUCAGCGCCGUGGCGCGGCUCGAGGCUCAGGACGAGUGCCGCAACGCCGUGGACGCGCUCAAGCGGAGCCCGCUGUACAACUGCCGCUGCAAGAGGGGCAUGAAGAAGGAGAAGAAUUGCCUGCGCAUCUACUGGGGCAUCUACCAGACCUUACAAGGUAACGACUUUUUGGAGGAUUCUCCCUACGAGCCCGUCAACGGUCGCUUGUCGGACAUUUUCCGCCUGGCCCCAAUAAUCGAGGGGGCCGAACCUUGGAGCAGCUCAGCCACUUUGUCACCGGCGAGGUGGGGGGGGCGGGCCCGAGGACCUGCGCUGUCCCGGGGGGGCCCCUCCCCAACGGACCUGCAGGACCCCAGUAGAAACAGGAGGGCCCACCCCAACUGGGCCAGACUGGGGGAGCCGGCGGUGGCUCGGGAGAACAACUGCCUGAACGCGGCCAAGGCCUGCAACCUGAACGACACGUGCAAGAAGUACCGCUCGGCCUACAUCAGCCCGUGCACCAGCCGCGUCUCCACCGCCGAAGUUUGCAACAAGAGGAAGUGCCACAAGGCCCUCAGACAGUUCUUCGACAAGGUUCCCCCCAAGCACAGCUACGGGAUGAUGUUCUGCUCGUGCCCACUCAGCGACCAGACGGCGUGCUCGGAGCGCCGGCGUCAGACCAUCGUGCCCGUCUGCUCCUACGAGGAGAAGCAAAAGCCAAACUGUCUGGAGCUGCAGGCCUCGUGCAGGACCAACUACAUCUGCAGGUCGCGUCUGGCCGACUUCUUCGCCAACUGCCAGUCGGAGCCGCGCUCGCUGUCGGGCUGCCUGAAGGAAAACUACGCAGACUGUCUGCUGGCCUACUCGGGUCUCGUCGGCACGGUGAUGACGCCCAACUACCUUCGCUCGCCCAAGAUCAGUGUGUCCCCGUACUGCGACUGCAGCAACAGCGGCAACAACAAGGACGAGUGCGACAGGCUGGCCACCUUCUUCACAGACAACACGUGCCUGCGCAACGCCAUCCAGGCCUUCGGCAACGGUACGGACAUAGGCGUGUGGCAGCCCGUGUCGCCCGCCCAGACCACCGCGACCAUCACGUCGCCGUACCAUCGCAACCGCAACAACAACCUGGACAACCACAUCAACACCGACCCCGGUAUAUACCACUUCUGCGGAAGUCUGCAGGCUCAGAAUUUGAAGUCCAACUCCAGCGUUGACAGCGUCUUCUGCGUGGACCCUCAGAUGGACGGUCCGAGCACGUCCAACGCCGUCGUGAGGAAUUCGUCCGUCCGCCGACGACCCGCCAGGGCGACGUAUCUGCUGCCCCUACUGCUGUGGCUGUGGUACUGCGGCCGUCAUCUUGAAUCCUCACCGAGCGACUUGUAGCCUCGUGGCCAAAAACGUCAGACUGACAAAAUAAAUUUUUUGAAAAAAAAAAAAUGUGAAAUUGUUUCCUUCCUUCUCAGUACUUCCUCACUGUACGAAAUUCCCUCUGGAUCACUUUAGAAUUUUUUUUUUGGGGUUGUUGCUGUUUUUUGUCAUUUUCAGCUGUGAUCGACUUUACGACGUGUGUUCUUCUUUGCGUUGGUCAAGAAAUGCGAGAAGCUUCUGACGUUUUUCCAGUUAAGGUUAGCGUAGCCUGUAUCCUAACGCUAACAUCGCAGAAAGCACACAAAUGUGUCAAAAACCCAUGUUCAAAAAACAGGGAGGGCUGCCAUUUUGUUUUAGUGGCCGUUUUAGCCUUAUUUCCAGCUAUCUUUCCGAGACGAACUUCUCGACUGUAACACCCGCUGGAAUGUUUGAAAAUUCAGUACCUGAAUCCAGUUUCACUUAGCAACUUGAAAUGUUGGCAGGCAUGUCUCUCAAGAGUAGGCCCGCAAAAAAAAGUCUCAAGAACCAAUUCUUGAAAACAUACAGGAAGUCUGCUAUUUUGGCCAUUUUCAGGGGUCAUUCCAAAACAAACCCGUCGUACAGAUUGCAUCCCAUUCCAACCGAAUUUCACGCACGGGCACAGCAUGGUGGUAAAGUUGAAUGAUAAGCUAAGACGCACAGAUUUUUAAAAAAUGCCUUUUUUUGGCUAGCUGAGGGCAGUGUGACUCAUCAAGUAAUUGUACGUACUUGAAGUGGUUCAACCUCAAAGCCACGUUUCAUGUUUUUAUGAAGUUUUUUUUUGUAUUUUCUUGUAUAGUUUUUGUUCUUGGAAAUGAUCCCCACCCCCCACCACAUCUGUCAAGCUUUGUGCUUUAGCAUUAAUAGCGCAUUAGACUCGCAAUUUUAGCUAGCGUGGUUGCUAAAGCUACCACCAUCAAACAGCCAUGAAAUAAAAAAUGUACUUUCUGGAAUGCAGGAAACAUCCAUAUUCAAUAAUAAUAAUAAUCAUUAGAAAAAACUGAUAAUAUAAUGAUAUAAGCCUUGAACGUUAGCCACCCACUGAAUGUCUCUGGUCAGUUAAACUACUACUGGACCUGCCGCUAAAAUAAGCUAAGCUAAAUGACAAAGUCAGAACAUGUUGUGUCACAGGAACAGUUAGCCUCACCGUUAUCAUUGCCAAUGUGUUGUUUUUUUUAUUUAGCGACAAUUCACAAUAAAAAAAAACAAAACAAGCGGGCUACCCACGCUAUCGUUGGCAUUUUGCUAUUAUAAGUACGGCACAACAUGGUGAAAAAUCCAAAGCGUUUUACUCUGAUGGACUCGAAACAAGGAAAAAGUUGGCUCCCAAAAGAGAAACGUUGCCGAAUGCUAACGCUAACGCACAGUUGUAAAUUAGCCAAUGUAAACAUGGUGUUUUUCUUAACUCAGAAAACAGUGAUUUCAUAUUCUUUCAUCAACUAUUUUGACCUGGAAGAUUCUUGUUUUUUUACAUAUAUGUCAUGUAUAUUUUCUCCCGCUCUGUAUGCAAUAUAAACAAUAUUCCAUUCACAUUUGUAAAUGAGAGGAUAGCCAUGUAUCUCCUGUUGUACUUCAAUAUAAGCACAUUUGUUUUCAAUGUUGCUAAAAUAUGACUUUAUUUCUUUCUUGAGACAAAAUUUGACUUAUUUUUCUACAUUUUGAUUGUUUGAUUUGCUUUUUUGAUGUGUUGAAAUGAAUGAAGGCCUCCGCUUGUUUUUAAUAAUAGUGAUGAUAAUAAUAAUAAGACGUGGUUGCUUGGCGGUUGAGGGUUUUAAAAUGGCGUCACCAUGUUUUUGACGCACAAGAAAAAAGAUGGCGAGUUUUCCUCUACUUCAUCUUCUUCAGCUUCCCGCCAUCGUCUUCGCGCUUGUGAAAAAUGUCAAAUCUGUUGUACAAAUAAAUAAAAUACAAAAUAAACAUGAAAAAUGUUCUAUCACCCAAACUGACCGACUUGUGCUCUCUCGCCAAAAAAAUGGCGGUCGCCUUU